UUUAUCGUGGUAACGAUUGUUGGUGCUUAAAAUAAUGUCGGCGUUUUUUAGAACAUGUGUCAUAUUCGCGACAUUUUACUGCACGUCAGCUAAUAGUGAUGGUCUGUCGUCGUUUCAAUUGCUUGCUCGAUUAUCUUUCCCGACUGUGGAAACGAAACCCUACAAUAUGCCGAGCAGCAAGGAAAUAGACCCGAAACACAGUUACGCAGAUGAGAAGUUUGAGAAAUUAAUGGACUAUACGAAAUAUAUGAAUAGUAGAAUUAAAGAGCCACAUAAUCCUACUGAACGGAGCGAAAUCCUAAAAUCGUCAGAGAAGAAAUUAUAUGCCUUUAUAGACACUCACAUAAAAGACUUGAAGCGGUUGCUGUUUGAAACCGACAUGGCGCUCAUGUCCAUGGUACUGCUGAAGAUGAAUAAAAAAAUGGACACUUCAGAGGCGAAGAUAAAGUCUACUCAGGCGAAAAUACCAUUCGGAUUGUACACCAGUCCAGAAUUCAAAUGUCUUGGUACGUCAUACUACAUCGCUUCUCCUCAUAACCAAGAAGACGUCCAGAUGAUACUCUCCAGUGAGAGAAAACCGCACUGCUAUACUUUCAGAGGUGCGUUCGCGUUUUCUGGCUUCUAUCAUCGUCACUCCGAAACCACGUACGUGGGUCCGCACGCUGAACAGUUUCAAGCUAAAGAUCCAAGCCAAGGUCUCUACUGCCAUUCCGAUGACAACUGGAGCGACGCGCAGUGUAUCUAUAAGAUAAAUCCUCGAGAAGAAUUCCCUGAGUCAGUGGAGUACGAGCCGAAAGUCUCGUACUACUGCGGACCCUAUCGCUACUUCAUUCCCGCCACCACUGACAUCAGAUGCAUCUUCUCAAUAUUCUCCAUGAACUUCAUCUUGCGUUUUGGAUACGAUGGAGUCACCUACAAGAGCUCGGAUUUGACAUUUAUGUAUCAAAAUGGGCAAGUGUUUUACACGGAUGAGCCGUGGGCCGGCAUGUCCUGCUGGAACUGGGCCUGCAAAUGGCGCCACAAUCAGAACCAGCGAUCCAAUGAAUUCUUCGUGAAUUAAAAUGUUAUUUUAUAUCUUA